AUGGCUCGCCACGGGGAUACUCGCUCACCAUCACCUGUAGGCAGCACAUACUCUUCAUCCAGACGCAAUCGCCGUGAUGAUGAUCGCUAUGACAGGAGUCGGCGAGAUGAUGGACGCGGUUCUCGCAGAUCCCGCAGCCCAGAGAGACGCUAUCGUGAGCGCGAGCGCGCUCGUGAUCGAAAUGGAUACAGACGCCGUGACCGCUCGCUAGACCGUCGUGACGAAGACACCUACCGACCAGGCCGCAGAGACCGAUCCCGAGACCGCAGGCGCUCUAGAGACCGAAAUGAAGAUGUUGAUCGUCGGCGAAGUCGCGAUAGAGAGUUUCGGGCCAGGCGAGAUGAUUCGCGCGAGCGGGACCGCAGGCGGAUAGAUGAUUCUGCUGAUUUGAAACCGAAAUCUAGACGGGAUUCCAGUCGUGAUCGUGCAACGAACCGACAGUCAACGUCCAGAACUCGAGAGCCAUCCAAGCAGUCCACACCAGCUCCGGCUGCACAGACCGACGAAGCGAAAAAAGCGGAAAGGCAAGCCAGGCUAGAGGCAUGGAAGCAGAAGCAGGCGGCCGAGCGCGAGCGCAAGCAACGAGAGCAGGAAGCAUCAGGCCCGAAGAAUAUCCUGGACCAGCUUGACCGUCAACAGGGAGUUUCUUCAGCUGUGGGCUCUCCCCAGACUCCUAUGACACCCGCCGAGUCCCCAGCUUCCACUGCAUAUCCCGGAAAGUUCGAUCCCAAGGCUAUCGCGAAGCCAUCGACAACAAACUCCGCAACACCCGCAGUUCUUGGCACUGAUGUUGCGGUGCCAACAUCCAAACUGUCCGCGACAGCUAAUAAACCUGCUCCUGCGCCUGCCAAGCUUUCCGGUCCUUUGAAAGCUAAGGGUAAUGUUAGCGGAUUUGGUUUGGGUGCCAAGCAAACCUCUGACGCCGAAAAGCCCUCUGCGCCUAUCACUCUGGGCUUUGGUGAAGAAGAAUCCACCCGCAAAAAGCUGGAACGAUUACCGACCCCGCCUCUUGAUGAUUCAAAAGAUACCGAGCCAGCAGCCAAUGCAGACGAAGAUGAUGAUGUUGAUAUGCAUGACGAAGAAACGGAAGAAACUGCUGCAGCGGUAGCACGUGCCGCUGCUGAGCGACGAGAAGAGCGUCUUCAGAAUACCUCAAAUGGAGAUGUCCAAAUGGAGGACUCGACAAAUGGACACGCCGAUUCUACCCCUAUGGAGGUCGACGAAGCUGAUGAAGUUGACCCUCUGGAUGCUUUCAUGUCAGAGCUCCAAGACACCGCGCCACCAAAGAAGACAUCGGGUGCCAAAUUCGGGAAGAAAAAGGAGUCACAGCAACCUGAGGCGAUGUUCGGAGACGACGAGGAUGUGGAUGCCACCGCAGUCGGUGCUGAUGAUGCUGCCGAUGACCUCCUCGCCAUAGCAAAGAAGAGAAAGAAGCGGGAGCUCCCCACCAUUGACCAUUCCAAGCUUGAGUAUGAGCCAUUCCGCAAGAACUUUUACACUGAGCCUUCCGACCUUGCUGGUCUGAGCGAGGCGGAGGUUGCAAACUUGCGUCUGGAAUUGGAUGGCAUCAAGAUCCGUGGUUCUGAUGUCCCAACGCCUGUUCAGAAGUGGUCUCAAUGCGGACUGGGUGUGCAGACCUUGGACGUUGUCUCCAAGCUUGGCUACGAGAGCCUCACCUCCAUCCAAGCCCAGGCAAUCCCGGCAAUCAUGUCAGGUCGCAAUACCAUCGGUGUGGCCAAGACUGGCUCCGGAAAGACAGCUGCUUUCUUGAUUCCAAUGUUCCGACACAUCAAAGACCAACGGCCCUUGGCUCCCAUGGAAGGCCCCAUCGGGUUAAUCAUGACUCCUACCCGUGAGUUAGCCGUUCAGAUCCACAAGGACUGCAAGCCUUACUUGAAGGCCUUGAAUCUUCGGGCAGUUUGUGCGUAUGGUGGAGCUCCCAUUAAGGACCAGAUUUCCGACUUGAAGCGAGGAGCUGAAAUUGUUGUUUGCACACCCGGUCGCGUCCUUGAUCUGCUAGCUGCAAACUCAGGUCGCGUCCUCAACUUGACCCGGGUCACAUAUGUCGUCCUGGAUGAGGCAGACCGCAUGUUCGAUAUGGGUUUCGAACCACAGGUCAUGAAGAUUGUGAACCGCAUCCGACCUGAUCGCCAGACUGUGCUGUUCUCGGCUACCUUCCCCAGGAGCAUGGAAUCCUUGGCCAGAAAAGCGUUGCACAAUCCUAUCGAGAUUACCGUUGGUGGUCGAAGUGUCGUAGCGUCCGAGAUCACCCAAAUCGUCGAGGUCCGCAAUGAAGAGAAGAAGUUUGUCCGCUUGCUGGAGCUUCUGGGUAACUUGUACUCUGAUGAUGAAAACGAGGAUGUCCGCUCUUUGAUCUUCGUGGAACGUCAGGAGUCUGCCGAUUCUUUGCUCCAAGAGCUGAUGCGCAAGGGCUACCCGUGUAUGUCGAUCCACGGUGGAAAGGACCAGAUUGAUCGUGACUCCACCAUUGAAGAUUUCAAGGCGGGUAUUUUCCCUGUCCUGAUUGCCACGUCUGUCGCUGCUCGUGGUUUGGAUGUCAAGCAACUGAAACUGGUCGUCAACUAUGAUGCUCCUAACCACAUGGAGGACUAUGUUCACCGUGUUGGUCGAACCGGUCGAGCUGGAAACACUGGAACUGCAGUGACCUUUAUCACGGAAGAGCAGGACCGGUACGCAGUAGACAUCGCAAAGGCUUUGAAACAAAGUGGACAAGAGGUGCCCGAGCCAGUCAAAAAGCUAGUUGACGGAUUCCACGAGAAAGUCAGGGCUGGAAAGGAGCACAAAGCCGGAAACAACGCUGGCUUCGGUGGUAAGGGUCUGGACCGACUUGAUGAAGAGCGUGAAUCUGCCCGUAUGCGCGAGCGGCGUACGUACAAGACCGGCGAUAACGACGACGAAGAAGAAGAAGAGAGUGAGGAAGAUGAAGAGAAGAAGGAGGACCGCUUCAACAAGGCCCUGUCUGCUGUCCAAUCCGCCAACGCACCCGCCGCGCCGUCGGCGUCUCUACCGGGUGUUCCAAAGGGCAUUGACCUGGACGGCAAGAUUACAGUCCAUAGGACCGAAAAGGAUCCCGCCGGUGGACCCAAGAAUGCGCUGGACAAGGUUGGCUCCGCUGUCGCAAGUAUCAACGCACGUCUCAGCCGUGCCGGCGUGAUGAGGUCAGGUGUCCCCAUCGACAACCGUGGACCUGACGCCGGCGCCUUCCACGCGACAAUGGAGAUCAACGAUUUCCCUCAGAAAGCACGUUGGGCCGUUACCAACCGCACGAACGUCGCCAAGAUCCUGGAAUCCUCUGGUACAUCUAUCACAACAAAGGGCAACUUUUAUGCAAAUGGCAAGGAACCCGCUGCCGGCGAGCUUCCCAAGCUGUACAUUCUUGUGGAGGGCGAGACCGAAAUCUCCGUGACUAAUGCUAUGCGUGAGUUGAUGCGCCUGCUGAAGGAGGGUACGAUUGCGGCUGCGGACAGCGAGGCGCGCGCUCCUGUUGGUGGCCGUUACAAUGUGCUUUAG